CAGAGCACAGCUACAGAGGCUUCAGAGAUGAAACUGGAGAUCUGCUGGGAGACUGGAGUUCUGCUGGGAGACUGGAAUCAACUGUCCAUUAAUGCCCAGAACUCCUGCCAGAAUAGCUGAGAAUGAGAAUCAGACAAGCUGUGCCAGUUCUUUGGGGUUUGUGUGUAUGUGCAUGUGUGAGUCAAAAUCAGCAAUAUCAAUAUUCCAUCUGAGACACUGCAAUGGGACAGUUUGCAUCUAUAAUCAAACUGUGCAGAGAGAGAUAAUGUGAUUAAGUACUGAAAACACAGGGGGAGUGAGAGCUAGGUGUAUCAGGUGUCGCUACGUGGCAGUCAUUAGCCACAGAUUGGUCCCUCCUGAGUGGCUGAAGGCUGAAGUAGUGAUGCAGAGAUACAGGUCCACACAGCCCUCUGAGCUCCAGGGUGGCAGACGCAGUGAGGGGUGUUGAGGGCAGCGCCCCCGCGCCAGCCCCUGGUGUUAGUCAUGGCAUCUGGCUGGGUCAUGUGUGCCCACCACACAGUGUUUGCAGGAUGUCACUGAUUUCCAUAUAAAUGAUGACCCUGCAGCUUUUCUGGCAUGUUUUUUUUUGUUGUUGUUGUUGCCUACUCGAACUGAGCGAGACUCGAGUGAGAUGCUGGAGGAUGUGUAAUAGGUGCUGCUCUCCAGCUGUGAGGCACGUGGCUUGAUUGUUUGUGCAAAAGCAAGAGGUGGGUGAAUAGAGGAUGUGUGUGUGAGUGUGUGAGUGUGAGUGUGUGUGUGUGUGUGUGUUUGUGUGUGUGGGGCGUGGGGGUGACAGAGACCAGGGUUGGGCUUCCAGAUGGCUCAAUGCGUGUAUAGGUGCUGUCUGCUCACUACACCCUCUUGCCUCACUCCAUCUCACUGUGUAGGGUGAAUGUAAAUUAAUCUAAUUGACAGGCCAAUGCCUUGAAGACCAGUGCUCAUGCAUAGAGAAUAGACUCCCCCCUCCCUUCCGACCCACACACACACACACACACACACACACACACACACACACACACACACACACCUCCUGCUUACAUACUGUUUUGGUCUUUAGUGUCAGCACUUCAUAGUUUUACAUCUCUGCAACUAUCUUGCUCUACCCCCCUCCCCCCAGCACUAGGUGUCCUGUGAUCACAGCUCUCUCUCACUUGCCUUUUCUCUCAGUGAGCGUUCACUUCUUUCUCUCCCUCUCUCCGCGGGUCUUCGGCUCUGGUCGCUAGCCUCUUUCUCUGCUCCGAGCUUUUCCUCGGCCUGGGGCGGUUAGGCUGCGGGAAGGUGCUCAGUUCCCAGGCUGUGAGGAGGACUAAGUGGAGUGUUGCAGGCUGCCGGCACCAUGCCUCUAUGACUGAGGGCGACCGAAGGACUGCCGGUAUCUCGGGCAAAGCGAUCGAGUGCGGGAUAGAGAUGUAGAGCUCUGGGACCAUAGAACCACAGGACUGCAUGGGAUGGGUCACAUGAUCUUAUGUCACAUCCAGAGGCGGAUUUCUGCUGUCAUUCUCUUUGUCGACAUUUUGGAUCUCUCUCUUCAAACCCAGGUUCUUUGGCAUCUUGACAUCUUCCGCAGGAGCUUCCGGCAACUUACCAACCACAAGUGUAUGGAGGACUCGUGCAUCUUUUGUGCUCUGAAGAGCAUCUUUGCCCAGUUCCAGUUCAGCAGUGAGAAGGUUCUGCCGUCGGACGCCCUGCGCACCGCCUUGGCCAAGACCUACCAGGACGAGCAGCGCUUCCAGCUGGGCAUCAUGGACGACGCCGCCGAGUGCUUCGAGAACCUCCUGAUGCGUAUACACUUUCACAUCUCCGAUGAGACUAAGGAGGACAUCUGCACAGCCAAGCACUGCAUCCCACACCAGAAGUUUGCCAUGACACUGUUUGAACAGUGCGUGUGCAGUAGUUGUGGUGCCACUUCAGACCCACUGCCCUUCAUCCAGAUGGUACACUACAUUUCCACCACAUCGCUGUGCUGCAGUAACCAGGCCGUGCGCAUGCUGGAGUGCAGGGAGAAGCCUACACCGGACAUGUUUGGGGAGCUGCUCCGCAAUGCCAGCACCAUGGGAGACCUGCGCAACUGCCCAAGUAACUGCGGUGAGAUGUUGCGCAUUCGCCGGGUCCUGAUGAACUCUCCUGAGAUCAUCAGCAUUGGCCUGGUGUGGGAUUCGGACCACUCGGAUCUUGCCGAAGACGUCAUCCACAGCCUGGGCACCUGCCUGCGUCUGGGGGAUCUGUUCUACAGAGUGACAGAUGACCGGGCCAAGCAAUCAGAGCUCUACCUGGUGGGCAUGGUGUGUUACUACGGCAAGCACUACUCCACCUUCUUCUUCCAGACCAAGAUACGCAAGUGGAUGUACUUUGAUGACGCACAUGUGAAAGAGAUUGGGCCCAAGUGGAAGGACGUCGUGUCACGCUGUAUAAAGGGCCACUACCAGCCGCUGCUGUUGCUGUACGCUGACCCCAGAGGGACGCCUGUGGCAUCGCAGGAUGUGCCCGCAACUCAGCUAGACCUGCACCACUGCAGCAGAGCUGGUUAUGACAGUGAAGACUCUGGGAGGGAGCCAUCUAUCUCCAGUGACACACGCACAGACUCUUCCACAGACAGUUACAGUUAUAAGCACUCACGCUCACACCAUGACUCCAUGGCUUCCCACUUCUCAUCCGAGUCUCAGGGAACCGUGGUGUGCAACCAGGACAGCAGUGGCUCUCAGAACAGCGUGGACUCUGCAGGUGAGGUCCUGAAAGAGCAGCCCCCCGCUCUAUCCACUCCACGGCCCCCCUCCACAGGCCGUUCACAGGAUUAUAAGGAGGUGGGCAUAGUGACCCACCGCCGGCCCCUCUCCUCCUCCUCUAGCUCUGGCGUGGGGGGCUCCGAAGUGGGCGCGUGUGCCAGGGACUGGGAGGAUGAGAGCACCAGCAGUGAAUCCAAGUCCAGCUCCAGCGGGGGGCGCUACCGGCCAUCCUGGAAACCUAGACGAGAAAUCCUAAACAUCGACAGCAUCUUCAGCCAGGAGAGGCCCGGGCAACGGGACGGCUACGCUUCGCUGGGCGCGUCCCCGUUGCCCAAGGAUAGCAUGCCCCUGGGGGCCAAAGAGACUGUCACGGAGGCAGGAACUGAGACCCCAGGGGCUUCCGUGGUGCAGGCAGGAAAUGUGAUGGAUGGGGCAGGGGGCAUGUAUAACCCGCUGGCCAGGCGUCUUUCAGCUCCGCCCCCUCUGAGAGGAGCAGAGCAGCAACCAAGGCUGAUCCAGCGGAUGGAGAGUGGAUAUGAGAGCAGUGAGAGGAACAGUAACAGCCCUGUCAGCAUGGACAUGCUUCUCAGUGAAAACCCCAGCACCACUGUCCCCAGGGAGGCCAGCAGUAAGAAGCCCCUGACUUCGGGGCCAUCCUGGCGCACGGUGCCCAAAUCCAAGAGCACCAGUGCCAUGCUCCAAGACGUGGGGUCCCCUGCAUGGCAACACUGUACCGCCGGCCCGAGAGAGGGCCGCAGUGAACUGGACGAGCUGCAGGAGGAGGUGGCACGCAGGGCCAGGCAGCAGGAGCUGCAGAGGAGGAAGGAGAAGGAGAGGGAGGUGGCCAUGGGCUUCAACCCCAGACCCAGCAAGUUCAUGGACCUGGACGAGCUUCAGCACCAGGGCAAGGGGGGCAGUUUUGAGCGCUGUCUGGCUGAGGCAGACGCUCUGUUAGAGCAGUCUUGGCGCCUGGAGCAGGUGGGGGACCCGGCCGCCGCCCUGGCGCUCUCCUGCCAUGCUGUGUCUAAACUAAGAUUUUCCAUGCAUGAGGGCAGUGCUAACACUCAUAGCAGGACUAUGGCUGCUGACGCCAAGCUGCAAAAAUGCAUGAGGAGAGCUCGGGGCCUUCAGCAGCGCAUGCAGCAACAGCAAGAGCAGCCGCAGGAGCCCAGCCGCCCACAGGGGCCUUCCAGUGAACAGUCUGGCUCGGUCCAAAUACUGCUGACAGAAGAGGUCUGGGAAGGCAGUCAGGAUGCUGCCCUUGGCCCGCCGCCACCUGCCCAGAUGAAGCCACACUCCUCUAACAUGCUCUCUGCUUUGAACUGCCCACCACUCAGUGGUCCCCACCCCUCUCCACCUCAGCCACACCCACAAAAGCCCACUCAAGGCAGCGAUUGGUCAUCACAGAAAGAGGAGGAAUGGGGGGCCAGCAGACUGUCCGAUGUCCUGCAAGCAUCAGGGGUGCGGAACAAGCCCAUCCGUAAGCACCUGGCCAUCUCCCUGCCCUCUCUGCCCAUGGACUUCUGGGGCCCGGUGGGUGAGACCACAGAGCUGACCCAGCACCAGCAGCUUCCAGCUCAGCAUUUGCCCUCUCCCUCCGCAGGCCCUCCACCGUGGAAAGGCACCUCUGAUAGACCCAAUUGGAGCCCCCAUCCAAGUGUCCCUACCAGCCCCCUACCUGCAUCCGCCCAGCAUGAGGAGAGCCCCCAUCCAAGAGCCCCCAUAUGGCAAUCCGUGCACGACUCUCCCCUACCUCGCUCGCCUGUCCUAUCUGGCUCCAGCCCCAGACAGGCCCCACCUGCCACAGCCCGUCACUGGUCUUCCUGGAGCCUGGACCGCCCCAAUGCUGUGGUCACUCCCCACGAGACACCUCCAGACCAGAGUCACUUCGUCAGGCCUGCAGCCUCCCCCCGCUCUCCCGGAUGGUACGGACCUCCACGUAGUCCAGUGAGCAGGAACAAGAGCGCCACCAGGUAUUCCUACUCUCAGCGAGAGGCAAAGGUGGAGCCAGAGCCCGUGGAGUCUGAGGACCAGGAGCUCUCUGAGCUGGACUCGCUGUACCAGGCCAGUCUGCAGGCAGGCCCCAGCGUUGGCCGAGCCCUGCACGCAGCUAGCUCCCCAGCCUCGGCAAAGCCAGUUCCAGCUGCUGCAAGGAAGCUGCUGUCCGGGGUGGGGCGCUCUCGGACACCCACAGCUGAGCUGGAGAGGACUGCAUUCGGACCAGCAGGCUGCCACAGCCCCACUGGGCAGCUCAGCAUGGGGCUGCAGGAACAAUAUGGUGACCACAUGCACCGCGUCGCACGCAGCCUGAGCGGGACCGUCAUAGGACGACGACAAGACCACCUUGCUGUCUCCCGCAGCUUUGGUCCCAUCAUGUCACACUUUCCACCACAUGUCUUGCUCACAUGCUCCUCUUAUGUGUCCAUCGCGUCAUCCUGCCCUCCAUCCCCAUCCUGUCCAGGCCUGUGCUUCUCUACCACCCCUUCCCCAGCAGCCUGGGCCUUGGGUGGAUGCCCCAGGACGUGUCCAGAGGGUCGCCGAGCUUCUGGUUGUGUUUGACCGGGGUCAAGCUUCCUCCAGUGGGCAGUGCUGCCGUCCAGCACUAAACAGCAGGCCUCCCUGGCCUGCAGCCUCCUGGGGCUCCUGGCCUCCCCAGCACUGGGACGGUCCCCCAGACUGUCAACACACAUGGGACAAACUCAGUCCCCACAGCCCUGCAGAUUCACCCCACACACAUCUGUAUGAUAAUUGCAAUCUCCUCCCAGUGCCCAGUGUGCUUUCCCUGCUAUGCUAACAGCUAUGCUAACGCCCAGGUCCACUAGCAGCUGUGUAUGAAUGGAUCCAAAACUAGCCCGCCAGAGCUAUUGCUCCAUCUCCGUUUCCCAGGCCAACGUGAUGGGGCUCCUGUCACCUCGGUCACUCAUGUCAUGUGUUGCCUCCUGUGUCUUCUUGUCCAGAGUGCGGCCUCUUUGACGCUUUACCUGGCCAUGUGUAAUUGAUCUGGGAUGGCCUUCCUUAGGCCUUUUCUCCUUGCUUCUGUUCUGCACAGUGGGGGAGUUACACUGCAUUCCUCUCCUGACUAGGGCUGGCUGCUCUGCCCACAGCACGGUGAAUGGAGGGGCAGAGCCGAACUCCUUCACGUGGCAGCGUGGUGAUGGGUCAGCGGGAUGGAGCCGGCAGGUGUGUGUGUGUGUGUGUGUGUGUGUGUGUGUGUGUGUGUGUGUGUGUGUGUGUGUGUGUGCGCGUGUGUGCAUGCAACUAGCAGAGGUCAGGCUAGCAGCACGCUGAGGUACAGGAACGGCUCUGAGCCUCAUCUCUCCCGCAGUGAACCAUCCUACCCCGAGCACUUAACAUAAUUAAACGCACUGUGUGGAGCUGCAAAGCUAGCGAGAGCCAGCAACAUCCAUGCUAACUUUUUAAUAUCAGCGAGUUCCAUUUAGCCUCUGCACAGCCAUUGUGAUUAACGGGAGUGUGCGCACGUGCGUGCGUGCGUGCGUGCGUGCGUGUGUGCGUGCGUGCGUGUGUGUGUGUGUGUGUAAUGGGGGUGAGAGCAAGCUGUUAGUCCAAGCUGUUAGUCCAGUCCCUGCCCUAAAAAGCUAAACCUGAAAAAAGCCAAUAGCAUCUCCCCAGGCUGCUUAGUUCUCUGAAACCUUCAAAGGUCCAGAAUAUUUCUCUCUCCCCUCUUCUCCUACUCUGACAUUUUAGAAAGAAAUAACUUAUUUUUUGUAGGGUGGUGGGUAAGUAGUGUAGAGCUUGUACUGCUUUAUUGACUAAGUACUCAUCUACCCUGCAAAAAGAGAACAGUAGUGGAAGCUGCGCUUUUUUGUAAGUCUCUUGGCUCUGGUGCUUGGCCAGAGCAGGCAUGUGUAUGUGCAGUCGUGGAGAGGGGCAGAGCCAACUCCUCCUCCUCCUCCUUCUCUUCUCGUAUGGGCAUUCCCUGUAGCACACACCUGUUUUAUGUCUAGUGUUACAGGCAAAGACUGCUUUACUCAUUUUGACGGAAUAUAAACCAAUAAAUGAAUUUAUUGUAAAAAUAUGAAACCUAUGAAUACUUAUGAAAUAUAAAGAGGAAUGGAGAAACUCUACGUUAUGACAUUAUGGAAUGUUAAAAAAUUUUAGUGGUUAUAAUUAUUAUCUGCAUUAAGACGAGUAUAGUACACUUCAGAAGUGUAAAGCUGGAGUCAAACUGCUAUUUUAAUUGUAUUGACAGUUCUCCCAUUUGUACAGGGAGAUAUGCCAAGUUAAGCUUUCUUUUUAUUUCUUUUGUAACCUGCAAUGACACUGAUAACAUACCUAUGAGGCUGAUAUGACACUGAUAACAUAGCUAUGAGGCUGAUAUGAGCAUUUGGAAGGCAGUGGAGGGUAGUCAGCACCUCUGAUGUAAACAAGGGACACAGUCAUUCCAUGUAGUUUUAUGUCUCUUUGGAACCUUCCUUUGAAAACAAAAAUGUUCAAUUCUAAAUCAAACUACUUAAAAAUUGUUUGGCCCUGAUAGUUAUGGUGAUUUUAAAUAUUUAACAGGUUUCUCAGUGUUUCAGCAGUUUAUGAACAUUUUGCACAAAACUUAGAGACUUGAGAAAGGACUAGUUUCUGUUAUAACCAUAUUGUCAUAUAACUAAUGACUGAAAUAUCCUAGCAUAGUUCGACCAAUGGUCUACAGGACUUUGAGAUCACUGUAUAGUUUGAUUAUUGCAGUAUGUAACCCAUUGUCUUAAUCAUAUUAUAUCAUGAUAUCCAUUAUUUUUGCAUUAAAGCUAAGAGAUUAGUCCUAAAUUGUAAAUCUUUUUUUCCCAUUUCAUUCAGGCUUUACUUAAUGUUGUAUCAACCAAAGAUUGGCACUAACACAAAGAUAACCCAUAGCCCAUCACUGUUUCUUAUUCAUCUCUUUGUCAUGGAUGUUUGAGAAUGUAGCAGUGGUGUUGCCUGAGUAUGCUAUGCAACAAAAACGCACUCUCCUCGAGAACAACCAGCAAAGAGACAGACUGGGACAGGCCCAAGGGGAAGUCCUCCCUCUACCCCACUUUCCUUUUAACUGAGGAAAAAAAUGAUUUCCUGCUGAAUUGUGGAAUAUGUACAUAUUAAUGUCUGUACAAAUAACAACCUUUGAAUGCUAGCUGUAGCCAGAGAGAGAUAGAGUGAUGGAUUUCUCAAAGACGAAGACAGCAUUUUUGGUGGUUUUCCUGUUGGGGACUCAUUUGUAAAUGCUUGGGGCUGAGGGAACUUGUAUUUUUGCAAUAAAGUUAUUACCGAUGCACUCCUGCAGGGGCGCUGCACAA